CUUGUGUUUUUCUGUUUGAUCAACAUGAUUAAUUAUAUAGAUCGAGGAGCAAUUUCCACUAAUGGUGUAAAUGGGAGCCCUAGAAGUUGUACAGAGAGUAAUGUGUGUUCAGAUGGUAGUGGAAUUCAGGGUGAUUUCGAUCUAAGCAAUUUUAAAGAUGGUAUUCUAGCUUCUGCUUUCAUGGUUGGACUUCUUAUUGCAUCUCCAAUAUUUGCAUCCUUGGCCAAGACCAUUAAUCCUUUUAGACUUAUUGGAGUUGGAUUGUCGGUGUGGACACUUGCUGUAGUUGGUUGUGGGUUUUCGGUUGAUUUUUGGUCGAUCACUAUCUGUAGAAUGUUAGUUGGUGUUGGUGAAGCCUCUUAUAUAGGUCUUGCAGCUCCAUUGAUUGUUGAGAGUGCUCCAGUAUCUCAGAGAACAGCGUGGCUGGGAAUAUUCCAUAUGAGCAUACCUACUGGAGUUGCUGUUGGUGAUAUCACAUGAUAAGACACAAUUCCGAAAUUUUGAUUGGGUCGAUUCUAAAAUCCUUUUUCGGUUCGUCCCAAAAGCCUCUAAUUCGUUGUUCCAAA